UACGGAUACGGAAUCAACGCAAAGUCCAGGAGGAAAAUGUGCUGUCCAAUUGCUGAUUACGAUAAACUGGUUCUGUAGUUCUAGACCGUGACAAUGAACGAACCUAGUGAAGUUAGGUGCACAAAAACGAACUUUUCUCUGAUCAUUUGGAGAGUUUGCAAUGUAUGCAUGUCAUUGUUCUUUGCUCUAGCAAGUUAUGUGCAGAUUAACGAUCCGGAUGCAGUGUUAUGGAUGGUUGCCUAUGCUAUUCCAGCAAAUCUGUGUUUAUUGAUUGCCAUUAAACCACAUGUAACAGAGACCCUACUUUGGAGGAGAAUUGCUAAACUUCAUAUGCUUGUUUCGACUGCUGUUGUUUCCAUGAUGGGAUGGGCUCUGUAUAAAGAGCGCAUCACAAAUAUCUUCCAGCAAGAGGAGGGAAGGGAAUUCUCUGGUCUCAUGUUGAUACUUGUCUGGCUUCUCCUGUGUCAACACUCUGGAAGUUCUAUUGGGGCUCUCAGACUGUCUGUUGCUGUUGCCAUCACAAUCUUCCCCUUUGUGGCCUGGCUGUACUACUACAUUAACAAGGAGCUGAGGACCAGCUGGCCCCCGCAUUGUAAAGCUGCACUGUAGAUAUCCAUUCAUUAAGAUAGUCCAGUGAUGAGUGAGCAACAUAUCUGUGGGUUGGAACAUUUACAAGAGGAUAUGACCUAGCUACAGAGGCAGUAUGGAAAUCAUGAAUAUAUUGUUUAAAAAGACGCAUGUAUGGUUUAGCAGGGGUGUUUUUUUCUACAUCUAAAUAAGUGACAAUGUCAUAAAUUAGAAUGUAUAUGAUUGAUACAUUUUCCUUUUUUUUACUGGAAUCAUACUUUUCUCUUUCUGAACAUUUUUGUUGUUAUAGGCAGCCCAUUGCACUUGUGGUGAUAUCUGGUGUAAUCACAAUCAAAUAAAGCAA